AUGGAUGUGGUGGCGGCGAGAACACCUGAUCCGGAUCGAUGGUCGGAUCAAGUUGAUGUUCAAGAGCUGAACCGUCUAACGGAACAGUUGCAAGAUGAAUUGGCUCAUGAACGAUAUCGGCAUUAUGGGCUUACGGAUCUUGUGAGGGAUAAUUAUAAUUCCCUAACUCCCGAUCGUUCGGACGAUCGUGCCGCGUCUUCUUUCGCGCAACUUGAGAACGAACGUUCUACUCGUUCUCUUCGUGAUGAGAUGGCUGCUGCUCGUCGAGACAUCGCUGAUCUGCGUGAACAGGUCGCUUCGCUAGUCGACCAGACUGGCUCGUUGAAACGGGACCACUCGAGAAUGGUCUCGGCUCUCGACCGUGGAGGUGUUCUUCGCAUCUCAAAACGGGCUCGUACUGAUAUAACGGGCGGAGACGACCAAAGUAAAACGUAG